AUGCUUCUCCCUAAAGGUGGAGUUACGUGGAAAUCAGCGAAGGCUUCUCUCCCACCAACGAGAGCGAUAUGGGUAUUCCUCACACGGACACGGUUUCUAUUAUGUGUAGCCCUAGCGGGCAUAGUUUUAUUACUAUGGAGAGGGGUGAGCACAUCAGCAUCCGAAAUGCAAAGAUUCUAUUGCUGGGGACCUUCGAAACCCCCGAUGCAGAUGACAGCGAACGAGGCAGUAGAUUGGAACGCGCAUUUGCAAACACCCGUCAUAUUCAACCACCAUGAGCCUUUGGUGAUAAAUGAAUCCUCGAUUAAGCGUGUCGACCUCAACCCUAUACUCUCGACACCUAAGGCUGUAUCAAACGAAGAACGUGUACUUAUCCUUACACCCUUACGAGAUGCCGCUCCCUACCUACCAAAGUAUUUCGACUUACUCUCCGAAUUGACAUAUCCUCAUCAUCUGAUUGACCUUGGCUUUUUGGUUGGCGAUUGCACCGAUGAUACUCUUGCUGUACUCUCGGCAGAAUUGGCAAGGAUACAAAAGACCACAGAUACACUGAGCGAGCCUUUCAACAGUGCUUUGAUUAUCGAGAAAGACUUCGGUAUCGUCACUGCCCAAAAUGUUGAGGAACGACAUGGCUUCAAGGCACAAGCGCCAAGAAGAAAGAAUAUGGCUAGAGCCCGAAACUAUCUCCUUACUUCUGCCUUGAAGCCUGAACAUUCCUGGGUGUAUUGGAGAGAUGUGGAUAUCGUGGACAGUCCCAAGAAGAUCCUCGAGGAUUUUGUUGCCCAUGAUCGAGAUAUAAUUGUUCCUAAUGUUUGGUUCCACCGAUACAAGGAUGGGAAGGACAUUGAAGGCAGAUUUGACUACAAUUCGUGGAUUGAAUCUGACAAGGCUCUUCGAUUGGCGUCUACUCUCAAGAAGGACGAUAUUAUCGUUGAAGGCUACAAGGAAUAUGAUACUGGCCGAACAUAUAUGGCAAAGAUGGGAGAUUGGCGCCAGAAUAAGGACGAGGAAAUCAACCUCGAUGGUAUUGGGGGAGUAAACAUCGUUGUUAAAGGGGAUGUGCACAGAUCUGGCAUCAACUUCCCAUGCUAUGCCUUUGAGAACCAAGCAGAAACCGAAGGGUUUGCCAAGAUGGCAAAGCGAGCAGGAUAUGAAGUAAUUGGCCUACCGAAUUACGUUGUAUGGCACAUAGACACAGAGGAGAAGCCAGGCAAUGCGUAA